AUGGUGGGUGAGGCCGAGAUUGAUCGGUUGCCAAUAGACCUCCUGGCUCAUAUAUUUGUUCUGAUCACUUCCUUCACUGAUUUAGCCCAGGCAAGCAGUGUGUGCCGGAAAUGGAAACAAGGGGUGAAGCAGUCUAUGGGUCGCAGAGAGAGUUUGAGCUUUGCUGGGUGGAAGAUGGACGAUGACUCCACUGCACGUCUGGUUCGCUAUGCUUACUGCCUCAAAGAGCUCGACAUUUCGAGGAGCCGUUGGGGUUGCCAGAUAAGUGACAGCGGAUUGUACAGAAUAUCUUUGGCAAAGUGUAUCAGUAAUUUAACAUCCAUAUCCUUAUGGGGCAUUACAGGGAUCACAGAUAAAGGUGUUGGUCAGCUGAUAUCCAGGGCUAAUUGCUUGCAGCACCUGAAUAUUGGUGGUACAUUUAUCACAGAUGAAUCAUUAUAUGCCAUAGCUGAUAGCUGUCCACACUUAAAGACUAUUGUCUUGUGGAGCUGCCGUCAUGUAACCGAGAAUGGCCUUCUUGUUCUUGUAAAUAGAUGCCGCAAGCUUGAGUCCAUCAAUUUAUGGGGGACCAGAGUUGCCGUGGACUGCUUCAUUGCUUUGCUUACUAUCAGUCCGGCACUAAAGAUAAAACCCAUAGGACUGCUAGUAAACGUUGAUGCUUCGAUGUUGCCGGUUGUAUAA